CGUGAGGGCGGUGGCCCGGCAAUCACAUGACUGGCCGGUAAGGCCGGGCCCGGCGGAGGUGUGUGUAGCUGUCCCUCUGCAUGGCUAACGUCGCUAAGAAAGUGUCCUGGUCCGGCCGCGACCGCGAUGAGGACGACUACGAUGAGGACGGGCGAGCGGGAGAGACCACCCCGCUGCUCAACGGCACCGGCCCCGGCGCGGCGGCGGGCAGCCGGCAGCUCACUCCUUCCUCCUUCCUGCGCAUUGGGCAGCUAAGCAAUGUGGACCUCAACGAGGAUGUCCGUGAGCUGGAGACAGAGCUCCCUCGUCAGCGUCCCAAUGAGAUCCCCCACAACGAGAAGCUCCUGUCGCUCAAGUAUGAGAGCUUGGACUAUGACAACAGUGAAAAUCAGCUGUUCCUGGAGGAGGAGAGGAGGAUAAACCACACAGCUUUCCGGACAGUGGAGAUCAAGCGCUGGGUCAUCUGUGCCAUGAUCGGCAUCCUCACCGGCCUCGUCGCCUGCUUCAUUGACAUCGUGGUGGAGAACCUGGCUGGGCUGAAGUACCGGGUGGUGAAAGGCAACAUCGAUAAGUUCACAGAGAAAGGGGGCCUGUCUUUCUCCCUGCUACUCUGGGCCACCCUGAAUGCCAGUGUGGUGAUGGUGGGCUCUGUGAUCGUUGCUUUCAUAGAGCCUGUCGCAGCUGGCAGCGGCAUUCCCCAGAUCAAAUGCUAUCUCAAUGGUGUGAAGAUCCCGCACGUUGUCCGCCUCAAGACCCUGGUGAUCAAAGUUUGUGGAGUCAUCCUCUCGGUGGUCGGCGGCCUGGCUGUUGGGAAGGAAGGACCCAUGAUUCACUCUGGAGCAGUGAUUGCUGCCGGGAUCUCCCAGGGGAGAUCCACAUCUUUAAAGCGAGACUUCAAGAUCUUCGAGUACUUCCGCAGAGACACAGAGAAGAGGGACUUUGUCUCAGCUGGAGCUGCUGCUGGUGUCUCAGCUGCGUUUGGUGCCCCUGUGGGCGGUGUCCUCUUCAGCUUGGAGGAAGGGGCUUCCUUCUGGAACCAGUUCUUGACGUGGAGAAUUUUCUUUGCCUCCAUGAUCUCCACAUUCACUCUGAACUCUGUCCUGAGUGUUUACCACGGCAAUGCCUGGGAUCUCUCCAGCCCUGGGCUCAUCAACUUUGGCAGGUUUGAUAAUGAGAAAAUGGGAUACACAAUCCAGGAAAUUCCUAUCUUCAUCUUUAUGGGAGUGGUUGGUGGGAUCCUCGGAGCCCUGUUCAAUGCCCUCAAUUACUGGUUAACGAUGUUCCGGAUCAGGUACAUCCACCGGCCCUGCCUCCAGGUGGUUGAGGCCAUGCUGGUGGCAGCAGUGACAGCAACUGUGGGGUUUGUCAUGAUUUACUGCUCGAGAGACUGCCAGCCCAUCCAGGGGAGCACAGUGGCAUACCCGCUGCAGCUUUUCUGUGCUGAUGGAGAGUACAACUCCAUGGCCACUGCUUUCUUCAACACACCUGAGAAGAGUGUUGUCAACCUCUUCCAUGAUGCUCCAGGUUCCUAUAACCCCAUGACCCUGGGCAUGUUCACACUGAUGUAUUUCUUCCUGGCCUGCUGGACCUAUGGCCUCACAGUGUCCGCGGGGGUCUUCAUCCCCUCCCUGCUGAUCGGCGCUGCCUGGGGAAGGCUCUUUGGCAUCUCCCUGUCCUACCUGACCAAAGGCUCGAUCUGGGCUGACCCGGGGAAAUACGCCCUGAUGGGAGCUGCUGCACAGCUGGGUGGGAUAGUGCGGAUGACACUGAGUCUCACAGUCAUCAUGAUGGAGGCAACAGGCAAUGUUACCUAUGGCUUCCCCAUCAUGCUGGUGCUGAUGACAGCAAAGAUUGUGGGAGACUACUUUGUGGAGGGGCUGUAUGACAUGCACAUCCAGCUGCAGAGCGUGCCUUUCCUGCACUGGGAGGCCCCGGUGACGUCCCACUCCCUCACAGCCAGGGAGGUCAUGAGUGCUCCUGUCACCUGCCUGCGGAGGAUCGAGCGGGUGGGCACAGUUGUGGACAUCCUCAGCGACACCUCCUCCAACCACAACGGCUUCCCGGUGGUGGAGAGCAACCCUGGCACCACGCAGGUGGCAGGACUGCGGGGUCUGAUCCUACGUUCCCAGCUCAUCGUUCUGUUGAAGCACAAGGUUUUUGUGGAAAGGGCCAACCUCAGCCUGGUGCAGCGGCGGCUGAAGCUGAAGGAUUUCCGGGAUGCCUACCCCCGCUUCCCCCCCAUCCAGUCCAUCCAUGUGUCCCAGGAUGAGCGCGAGUGCAUGAUUGACCUCAGCGAGUUCAUGAACCCCUCGCCCUACACUGUGCCCCAGGAGGCAUCUCUGCCACGGGUGUUCAAGCUCUUCCGAGCCCUGGGCCUACGGCACUUGGUGGUCGUGAACAAUCGCAAUGAGGUGGUGGGCAUGGUCACCCGCAAGGACCUUGCCAGGUACCGGCUGGGCAAGGAAGGCUUGGAGGAGCUCUCACUGGCACAGACGUGAUGUGGGGUGGCUCUGCCCAGCGGAGGGAGACUCACCCUGGCCCCUCGGAGCUGGGGCCCCCUUUUGCAGGAGGCAGGGAGAGGCUUGGGCCGGCCUGUGCAGGCAUUGUGGUGCCUGGAGCACCAGCACGGACGUGCUGCCCUGGCUCUCCUGCCCAUUGCUGCCUUCCCACAUCUACUGCCUCCUCUUCUCACCUUUUCCUUUGCUUCCCUGAGGGGUCAAAACGCACCCUUGGCUCCAUUAGCUGCUGACAUAGGCUUUCCCUGAGGGUUGUGAAGGCUGGAGUGUGCCAGGGGAGUGGAAGUGUCCUGAGCUGGGCAUAACCCUCUGCCACAGCACAUGGCCUCCAUUGCCUCGCCUACCCAGCCCAGGCUCUCUGGGACCUAGCCCUGCCCUGGCCCCUGCCACAGGGUCUGUGUGAGGAGCAGGGGGACAUGGUGGGGUCCCUCCUGCUUCCAGGGCUGUGUCCUGCUGCCCCAUGCUGCUGCUGGUGGGGUUGAGCUGAGCCAUGGGGCAGGUGCUUGUGUCUCUGCCAUGCUCAACUGUGCAAUAAAAGGGGCUCCUGUGGUUCAGAGCUGCUCCCUUUUGCUGUUUUUUGACUCCCUUGGCCAAACUCUGACCCUAACACACAUGUUGGGGGGAAACUCCUGGGGUUUGGGCAGGGAUGGGUAGGGGAGAGCUGCCUGCUCUGGGGCAGCCUGUGCCACUCUGCCACUCCUGCCCUCCUCCCACUGCUGCUGCUGCCUCUCACCUCUGCCCAUGCUGGGGUCCAGAAGCACUCCUGCAUGUGUUUCCAGCCCUUUCCAGCAGCCUGGGCCAGGCUAGGCACCCCAAAGACCACCAUCAGCCCUGAUCUGGCCAGGGGCUGGAAGCACUCCCUUGGGUGCUGAGGAGGGCUCCAGCCCUGGCACCUCAGCUCCCCUAUCUCCCACCAUUGUACUCCUCACCUUGGCAUUGCACCCUGCAUCCUCCUCACUCAGGCAAAGGCAACCUGGUGCCUGGAGGGGCUUUCAACUGUGGGAUACUGUGCUGAAAUAAAGCCUGUUUGUACUUUUA